AUGGCUCCGGUGUUCCUCCCUGUGCUGCUUCUGUUGCUCUCCGUCCUGCCGACCCACUGUACAUUCCUCGACCCAUCGACGGCUCAGAGCUUCGGCUAUUGUGAUAUCAUGCACCGCCCAGACGGAUCGGUGGCCGCCACAAACAGGGAGCACACGUUCUCCGGGCCUAGCUGGGACGUAUCAAAGCUUGUUCAGGGAGGCACCACCUACACUCUGAACACAGAGUGCACGGUGGCUAUCGGGGCGGGCACCCUGAAGAUGAGCAUCGCUGAGCACCUGGGCAGCAUAGCAUGGAACCCAAACAUGGCCUCUGCUAACGUAUCACUUGGCAACUGGGCAACCCUCUCGGUCAAUUAUGGGGUCGACGGGGCGUUCAAUCCUUCAAAGGGGGACAAGCUCAUCGUAUACGUGGAAGGAGCCGCUGCCGGAGUGGACCUGAUCUGCAGGUCAGCAGCACCACUGAUGCCGGCCGGCACUAGCGGUGGGGGCCUCAAGCUAGCGGCGGCACGGACAAACCGUUUAAUCGGGACAGCUGUCGAUGACCAGAAGCUAAGCGACCCACAAUACGCCCGGGCAUUAAAAGCUGACUUUAACUUUGUGACCUGUGAGAAUUGCAUGAAGUUUGACGCAACGGAAGCUAAUCAGGGGAGUUUUAGCUUUGGGGGAGGUGAUGCGCUUGUCGCCUUUGCUGCCCAGAACAACAUGACGGUCAAGGGACACUGCUUGGUGUGGGGCCAGCAGCUUCCGGGCUGGAUUGCGGGUGUUGGGGACCUUCAAAAGGCAAUGGUCGACCAUAUAAACGGGGUGGUAACGCACUACAAGGGAAAGGUAAAAUACUGGGAUGUUCUGAAUGAGGUGAUCGAUGAUAAUCCCGGCAGCCAGGACGGGAUGAAAGGAACAGUGUAUCAGAGCCGUUUGGGCACAGGCUACGUCGAGGCUGCCUUCCGUGCGGCCCAUGCAGCCGACCCGGACGCUCUGCUGCUCGCCAAUGAUUACGGGGUAGAGCUGAUGACGGACAAGUCACAGAGGUUCUACGACAUGGUCAGCCGCCUGGUGAAAAAGGGGGUCCCUAUCCACGGCGUGGGCUUCCAGAGCCACUUUGAUGGCACAGAAAAGCUGACGGACAUGGCGACAAACAUGCAGAGAUUUGCGGAUCUCGGGCUUUUCAUCAUGAUCUCCGAGCUGGACGUGCAGUACCUCAAGUUUCCUGGCAGCGAUCAGGACAAGCUGAAGGCCCAAGCAGACUUCUACAAGAAGGUGGUCUCCAUCUGCAUGUCACAAAGGGCUUGCAAGGCAAUAACCACAUGGGGUGUUCGUGACUCUGACUCGUGGUUGCUAACUCAGAUUGGCCCCAAUGAGAAACCGCUGCUGUUUGACAUGAAAUACACAAAGAAGCCGGCGUACAGCGCAGUGCUUGACGCCCUGAACGAUCAGGCACCUGCGACCACAACGCGCAGGCUGCUGCAGGCGGAGCAAGGGACCGCUCCGCUGCCGUUGGGGAGCAGCUCCCCAGUUUCGGUCACUUUCUAUGAGAGUCCGGGCAUGCGGUGCAGCGACGGCUUGGGGAUGUGUGGAUUUGGGAAUACCGCAGCAGGAGGAACGGACUUUUUGAAGAACGCCUUGUACCCGUUGCAUGCCGCUAGUGGAAACUUCGAAUUCUUAGGGGGUUGCGGAGCCUGCGGGGUUCUUCAUUACAAUGGCCUGGCACGCGGUUACACGAUCACGGAUGUUACCGAUGCAAUUGACAGCCUAGGGGAGCGGGACUGGCCACCCAAAAGAGCGCACCUUGAUCUUUGUUGUUCUGAAUUCAGUUACUUCCAGUCCCUCGACAAGGGGUACGGGAUCGAUUGUUCGCAAGGAGGAGAAUUUACUGGGGUUUGGACCCGAGUAUCUUGCGAGACCAUGGGCCACCCAAACUGGAACAAUGAUGGAGCAGUUGUCAGGAUCAUGAAGUGGAAUCGAUAUGCGGGGGCCUUGUAUGUUGCACGAUUGCCUGGGGUAGGAUGGUAA